GUGACGUUACCAAAACUCGCGCGCACGUACUACAAAACUACCAACAAUAGCGAAUGAGACGUUGACCUGCUAAGUGGAAGUGGACGAGUUUUUACUAUGAACUGUUUUGCUUCAGGUAGCGUGUAAGGGACUGAUGAAGAAACGACUGGAAACGUAACUUUUCGGAUUCCGUGUUUUCGGUGAAGUAGAUAAAGCACUUCUGGACGAGUUUUGAAGCGUGUUACGUUUUGCAGAUGUGUUUGAUAUGAACCACACUUCCCUAAAGUUGACACAUUACACAAACACCAGUGGAUCAUAGUCAAGUACGUGUGAGGAGUAUGUGGGCCAGUUGUUGUAACUGGCUCUGUCUGGACUCGCCCACUGUGGAGGAAAGCAGCAACCACAGAUCUAGCUCACGCCAUCAGGCGUAUACUAACUCAGGCUAUAGCAGCUAUCCAUCUCCCACAGCUCCAGAUCACAUGUGUAAGGCAUGUGGAGGCCGUUUUGAUGCUCUUGAAAGAAAGCAUGUAUGUGUAGAUUGCAAAAAGAAUUACUGCAGUCGCUGCUCGGCUCAGUUAGAGCUUCGUCCGCGGCUGUGCCACACGUGUCAGCGUUUCCAUGGUACCAUGUUUGAGCGGGCAGAGCUGAUGAAGCUAAAAGUAAAGGAUUUAAGGGACUAUCUUCAUUUGCAUGAAGUCCCUACGCAGAUGUGCAGGGAAAAAGAGGAGCUUGUGGAGCUGGUUCUUGGUCAACAGACCCCUACCUCUGCUUCAUCCACACCAAGCGAGACAGUCACACACACACCUCUGUCUGAGCAGGAAAUGAUCUCUGAACCAACCACAAUUACCGAGCAACCCUCUACAGGAAGUGGUGUUUUGAGCGACCUGACUUCCCAGUCACAGACUGAAGGAGAUGGGCAGAUUGAGUCAGUGGCAGAGGAGCCAGUUGAUGUUGAGGAGACAGAGCUUCAGAGGGCACAGGAAUGCCAGUCAACAGACUCAGAUGAGGCAUUACCCUCAGGUAGGCGGGCAUCUCUUUCAGACAUCUCAUCAGUAGAGGAUAUCGAGGCUUUGAGCGUGCGUCAGUUAAAAGAAAUCUUGGCCAGGAACUUCGUCAACUACAAGGGCUGUUGUGAAAAAUGGGAACUGAUGGAGCGAGUCACACGCCUCUAUCAUGACCAGAAGGAUCUGCAGAACCUAGAUACGUCAGCAGCAGCCACCCUGGAAGAAAACAUGUGUAAGAUCUGCAUGGACUCUCCAAUUGACUGUGUGCUUCUGGAAUGUGGACACAUGGUUACGUGCACAAAGUGUGGCAAGCGCAUGAGCGAAUGCCCCAUCUGCAGACAGUAUGUGGUCCGGGCCGUGCACGUUUUCCGAUCCUGAACCAGCGCAUCUUUGUUUGGGGGAAUUAGAAACCUUUCUCAUCUAUUUUUUUUUAUUAUUAUUUUUUUAUAAACACUUUGGCCUGCUGCAUUAUUUGACCUUCCAGCAGCUGUUGAACUGUGAAUAACGGAAAGCCGAUACACUAGCAAUAAUUUUUCUUGUCUUUGUUUAUCUUUCAAGAAAGGUUUGUGGUUAUUAAAUUCUACAGUGCGUAGCUUGAAACUACUUUGCAAAUGUUAUAAUGCUGGUACAUUACAUGGAAUUCUUAGAUUCAGGAUGUAUUGUUACAAAUAAUUGAAUCGUUAUCUAAACCAUGUUCCAGUUUAAACCAAAAUGACCAAAAUCUAUCCACACAAAAACACUGGCUAUGUGGAAUGUGAGGCCAGAAGGAUUAUAAGCUCUUCAAACUAAAACUUAAUCACAUUAUCCAGUAGCAAGGCUUAAUUGUACAAUAUCAGUAUUGCAGGUCGGUCCAACACUAACACUCCCACAUCCAAUGAUGACAUCUGUAGGCUGCGCAAAGCCGAUUCUGAGUGCACUUGAUUGACAUGCAUGAUGGAACACAUUGACAGUUUGACGGGCCUGAAAAAUCACCAAAUCCCAAAGAGCAGGUGACACCUAAACAAGUCCCACAAACUCUAGGUGAUUUGGAGCAUCCAGUCAGAGAAAGAGUGAAAACCUGACAGGAAAUAACUCAGGAUAUCUUAUUCUCACUGAACUGAUGUUAUUAAAGCUAGGGAAGACAUAGCCUAAUAUCAAGAAGGAAAUAAUGUAUACAACUAGUUUUUACUUAUUUUCAUUUAGUUUGCUGCAUUUUUCUGGCUCUCUUUCUGCUAUUGCAGUGAAGAUUCUCAGAAUUCAUCUUCACAGGUCCAGAUUUAGGUUUAGAUUCAUGAUUUUGUGAAAACAGAAUGUUGAUGAAAUUCAAUGGGAUAAUUCAUUUAUAUCGGAUGCAUUCCAAGCUGACCCUGGGUCUAAAGACCUUCGGUUUCAAAAGAAGAUUUUGAGAACAUUUCUGUUGCUUUAUAAAAAUAUAAGCAAAGCCAUUUAAUAUUUCAUCAGCUUAGUCUUUUUGUAUCAAUGCAAAAUAUAAAUAUAUAUAAUACAAUGUCACUUUGAGCAUAAGUUUAAUAGCUAAGACUGUCUUCAGAUGAAUGAGCUAUACCCCCAUAUUAAGAAAAUGCAUUAGCAAACAAGUAAUGCCUUAAUGUUCUUUCUGCCCGAGGCCUACUGUCUAAACCUGUAAAGUAAGCAACUGAUUUGUGCUGCUAUUCUCACUGUGUUAACACAGAACAUCAUUGUCUCACUGGUACUUGAUACUGGUACUUGAUAAUUGGUACUCACAGUAGACUCGAAUGAUGUGUGGCAUUGCAGUGCAUUGCAGUGUGGCAUCUUACCAGGCUUUCGCUGGAAACCAUUGUUCAUUUGCAGCCUCUCAGCAAUAGAAACCGGUUGCAGGAAGUAGGUGAAAUAUUAGCAGCAUUUCAGCCCUAUGCACUGAUGCAAGUCUCGAUACUGUGCCAAAAUAAGAUUACUGUCUCUGUCUAUGGCACUCUACAGUUCUAAAUGAUUGCUAAUACAUCUCAAUGCCUUUAGAUUACCCAGAUUAGUGGAAACUGAUCAUGAAAGUCAUUUAUGCUGAAGUACUUUUGGGACAGAGCACCGAAACAGAAAUGUGCCUUUACAUGUUGCAGAGCUUAGCAAACUAUGCAGAGCAGAGAUGUGAUUUUUAUAGAAACCUUUAAAAGACAGCACCUUAAAUCAUGACAGAUAUUGUCAUUACUUUUUACUAAAAAAUUAAAAUUACUUUUAACAUCUGGUGCUGGUACAAUCCAGGGACCUGCACAUUUCUCCGUUGCUGUAGAAUAACCAGUGCUGAUUGUUACUGUUUGAAUAAAAAUAAUUGUAACUUAAUGCCUUCUUUCUUUCUUUAUGUCAGGGUAAGUUGUUCAGAAUGAACCUGGGAGUUUAUAGAGAGUUUGUUUCUCUAUAAUGUUUCUGUUUGUAAAUUCAUGAUUAUUUUCAGAUAUGGGAUCCUGUUCCUUAAUUCAGAUACAAUGUCAAUUUCUGUCGACAAAACUCUCUUUGGAGAGAAGUUCGCUUAAAACUACAUAUUAGAGUAACUAAUUCAAUUCCCUUGUAUGUUUUUCUUUUUGUAAAGUUUUUUUUUAUUAAAAUACUUCCUGCA